AUGAGGGCGGUCGGUCUGAUUGGCCGUUUAUGCCUCAAGCGUGGCCUUCCGCGCCGACACAUCCCAUGGCCGAGGCACGCAAAGAGCCCGCGCCGGGCACCCAUUCUCGGUGGGGUGUUCAUGGCAACUUUAGGACCGGCGGCAUUCCUGAAGUUGGCGGAAGAGCAUGAUGGAAGCGAAAAGACUGCAGAAAUGCAAAUGCUGGAAGCUUCGCGUGAAGAAGUCCGCAAAACAGUCUCACCCGACGCGCAUGGCAUCUCGAAGCUCUGUCAGACGUUGUGGGUGUACUUCUAUCAUUAUGUCUACGACCCACUCGCGACAAGCGUUCGAUUUAUUCACCUGGCCAUCAUUUUCGUUCCCGUUGUCGUGACAGUCCCCGCAAUCUGGAUCGGUCGGAUUGUACAAGAGCAUGACGGUACGCGGUCGGGCACACUGUGGUGGUAUCGUUUCUUGGUGAAGGCGAUGGAGCGGGCUGGUCCUGCCUUUAUCAAACUCGGACAAUGGGCGGCAUCGCGAACAGAUAUCUUCCCUCCCGAAAUGUGCAAUGUCAUGUCAUCCUUGCACUCCAAUGCUCCCGCACAUUCACUCCACCAAACGAAACGAAUCAUCCGCAAGGCCUUCAAUGGGUUGCCAUUCGAGGAUAUUUUCGAGGAAUUCCAAGAGGAACCUCUCGGCGUGGGUGCAAUUGCACAGGUUUACAAGGCGAAAUUGAAACCUAGCUUGGCUGCAUCUCGAGAGCAGGAACUUGGCGUCGAGCCACCGACGCUCGGUGAAAAAGUCCGGAAAAACGUCGACGUGCUGGUCAAAAGUUCACCCCAACGAGUGCCGUCUUCGUACGUUGCAAUCAAGGUCCAACACCCCAGAGUUGAACAGAUGAUCCAUCGAGAUCUGCGCAUAAUGUCGUUCUUUGCUCACAUGAUCGAUGCCAUACCCACAAUGCAUUGGUUGUCUUUCCCAGAUGAAGUCCAACAAUUCGGAGAGAUGAUGAAGCUACAACUGGAUCUUCGGAUUGAAGCAACCAACUUGGUUAUGUUCAGGAAAAAGUUCAAGUCACGCACUACGGCCUGGUUCCCUUAUCCCUAUCUAGAAUACACCACCCGCCAGGUGCUGGUGGAGGAGUUUGCUCAGGGCAUUCCGCUAGCCACCUUUUUAGACAUCGGAGGCGGUGUUUAUCAACACGAGAUCGCUAAUGAAGGCUUGGACGCAUUCUUGCAUAUGUUACUCAUUGACAACUUUGUCCACGCCGACCUUCACCCGGGCAACAUCAUGGUCCGCUUCUACAAGCCAAGUGAACUAGAUCUCUCCCUUCGCAAUCAUUCACGUGCAUUGGAUGCCCCCACUCGGGCCGAGGUUGACGUGACAGAGGCUGUCCUCACACGGCUGCGUCCACAUUUGAAGAGCCCCCAGGAAUGGGAGACUGCACUAGCUGAGCUCAACGACGAGGGAUACAGGCCACAGCUGAUCUUUAUCGACACGGGUCUUGUCACUCAGCUCAAUGACGCUAACCGCCGGAAUUUCCUGGACCUAUUCCGGUCAAUUGCUGAAUUCGACGGCUACAGGGCUGGUCAGCUCAUGGUUGAGCGGUGUCGCACACCAGAGGAGGUCCUCGACCCAGAAGUCUUCGCGCUCAAGAUGCAGCAUCUGGUCUUGAGCAUCAAGUCCCGAACAUUUGCUCUGGGCAGUGUGAAGAUUGGAGAUAUCCUGAGUGAAGUAUUGACCAUGGUCCGCGGCCACCACGUACGAUUUGAAGGAGACUUUGUCAAUGUUGUCAUCUCAUGUCUGCUGCUCGAAGGCAUUGGGCGCAGUCUAAAUCCAGACCUUGAUCUGUUCAAGAGUUCCCUUCCCAUCCUCCGACAACUUGGAUCCGGAACAUCGUUCAUGCAGUCCGUACAGUCCGGUGACUACUCGAUGCUUUGGGUCUGGGUGGGCUUGGAAGCUCGGGGGCUGCUGCAGGCCAGCAUCGAGAGCGUUGAACAGUGCGUCAAGUAUGACCAACUCUCACCUAAUAUUUAA